AGAUUCAAAGACUCCAAAAAGAAGAGAAAAAAAAAGAAAAAUCUGCUUCGCUCGCUUUCUUCUCCCCUAAGCGCGGCCUUCGCCGGAACCUUUUCGACCUCUCUUCCACCGCCUCCACUGCGAAGCCCUCGCCCCCCCGCCCCGUCUUCCUUUUUGGAACCUUCACCCACUUGAUCUUCCCCUCGCUCGUUUUUCUUCACAGGAAUGUAUAAUAAUGUUGAAGCCCAGCCCGCAGCUCCAAAGCCUCCAUCAAGCUCUCAGCCAAAUCCAUUUGGAAAUGCAUUUUAUGGUGCUGGAUCUGGACUAAUUCGAGGUGGAUUGGGUGCAUAUGGAGAGAAAAUAUUUGGGUCAAGCUCAGAGUAUGUUCAAAGCAAUAUAAGUAGGUACUUUUCAGAUCCCCAAUACUACUUCCAAGUGAACGACCAGUAUGUUAGAAAUAAAUUGAAGGUUGUCCUAUUUCCAUUUCUACACAGGGGCCACUGGACACGAAUAACUGAUCCAAUUGGGGGCAGACUAUCGUAUAAGCCACCAAUUUAUGAUAUCAAUGCACCAGACUUGUACAUUCCAUUCAUGGCUUUUGGCACCUAUGUUGUUCUUGCAGGCUUCUCACUUGGUCUUCAAGGAAAGUUCACUCCAGAAGCUUUGAGUUGGUUGUUCAUCAAGGGAUUGCUUGGUUGGUUUAUGCAAGUCAUGCUGCUUAAAGUAACACUAUUAUCACUGGGAAGUGGGGAGGCACCAUUACUCGAUAUUGUUGCAUAUGCUGGAUACGCGUUUACCGGACUGUGUCUGGCAGCCAUUGGAAGAAUAACGCUGAAAUACUCAUACUAUUUUCUCAUGCCAUGGAUGGCCUUAUGCAUGGGAAUAUUCUUGGUGAAAACGAUGAAGAGAGUGCUAUUUGCUGAGGUGAGGAGCUAUGAUUCAAGCAGGCAUCACUAUCUAUUGCUCUUUAUUGCUUUGGCUCAGUUCCCACUUUUCACUUGGCUUGGUAAUGUUAGUGUCAAUUGGCUUAUAUGAAAUGGAAUGUUUCUUACCUUUUUUUUUUUUUUUUCAUAUAAUUAGGAGCAUGUUCUUAGCCACUUUUAGAUGUAACCAAACCUUAUGAGAAGAGAUUAACGAAUAACUGCUUCUGUGCUUCUAGUUUUACCAUUGUAAAUUUUUUUAUUGGUUUCUUCGACUGUUGAUUAGAGUUUCAAUACAUUUCUUUUUAACGUC